GCCAAAUUCAAAGUGAUUUUCCUCAAUUUUUAUGUGGUAAAAUUUUUUUACGCCUGCGGCUUUAAAUAUCUCACGCCCAGCUUUGCGGUUCUUUUUUUUCGCUUUCUUGAAUUCAAGUAUAUUUUUUUUUUUCGUUUUCACGUUAGCUCUAUACCACUAUUAUUUCAAUCGGCCACCAUUUCGCGCUUGCAAUUAGGCAAACAAUAAUAUAACCGCCGCAUACUAAACAUACCAAACUGGCUAUUCUUUCUCCCCUCGUCGCCAAACAGUCGCUUCGCCUUUUCACUACCACCGCGAUCACCAGCACCGCCGCCACCGUUGUAGCCUUCAGUCAAAAAACACAGAUCCGCCCGCGCAGACUAAUCAUGUUUGACGAGUACAAAAACGCUAUCACCAGCCAGAUGGCCUCGCUGUCCGGCGUGUCCGACAGCAUUGUCAGCUCGGCCAUCGAGAUCCCCAAGAUCAACACGCACGGUGACCUGGCCAUUGCCGUUCCCCGCCUGCGCGUGAAGGGAAACCCCGUCCAGCUGGCCAAGACCUGGGCCGAGGCCUUUGUGGCCAACGAGCAGAUUUCGUCCGCGCUUGCCACGGGCCCCUACCUCAACUUCCGCAUUAACCGCGACUCUUUCGCCAAAAAGGUCCUCACCACCGUCGCCACUGAGGGCCCCCGGUACGGAUGGACCAACGAGGGCGCUGGAAAGCGCGUCAUUGUCGAGUUCAGCUCCCCCAACAUCGCCAAGCCCUUCCACGCCGGCCAUCUGCGCAGCACCAUCAUCGGAAACUUCAUCACUAACCUGUACAAGGCGCAUGGCUGGGACACCAUUUCAAUGAACUACCUGGGAGACUGGGGCAAGCAGUAUGGUCUCCUGGCUAUUGGCUACGGCCGUUACGGCUCCGAGGAGAAGCUUGUCGAGGACCCGAUCAAGCAUCUGUACGAUGUUUACGUGGCUAUCAACAAGGACGCUGAGGAGGACCCGACGAUCCACGACCAGGCCCGCGCCUAUUUUAAGAAGAUGGAGGACCGCGAGGAGGACGCCCUGGCUCUGUGGCAGCGCUUCCGCGAUCUCAGCAUUGUCAAGUACAAAGACAUCUACGCGCGCCUCAGCAUCGACUUUGACGUCUACUCGGGAGAGUCCCAGGUCGACGACGGCAUGCGCCGUGCGAUGAAGAUGCUUUACGAUGCCGGCCUUCUGGUCGAGGACAAGGGUGCGCUGCUGAUUGACCUGGAGAAGUACAAGCUCGAGAGGGUCCUCGUACAGAAGAGCGACGGCACUGCUCUCUACCUGACCCGCGAUAUCGGCGCGGCCAUCGAGCGCUAUGAGCAGUACAAAUUUGACAAGAUCAUCUACGUUGUUGCCUCGCAGCAGGAUCUGCACUUGAAGCAGCUCUUCAAGACUAUCGAGCUUCUCGACCUGCCCUACGCCGACCGCUUCCAGCACAUCAACUACGGCCUGGUCAAGGGCAUGAGCACGCGCAGAGGCACCGUUGUCUUCCUUGACGACAUGCUCCGCGACUGCAAGGAGAACAUGCACAAUGUUAUGCGUGAAAAUGAGGCCAAGUACGCGCAGGUCCCCGAUCCCGAGGAUGUCGCCGACAAGCUCGGCAUCUCGGCCAUUGUCGUUCAGGACAUGAUGGCCAAGCGCAUCAAGGACUACGACUUCAACUGGGACCGCAUCCUCAACUUUGAGGGCGACACCGGACCAUACAUCCAGUAUGCCCACGCCCGCCUGUGCUCGAUCGAGCGCCGCGCCAGUGUCGGAAUCAACCUCGAGGCCGACACCUCGCUGCUCACUGAGGAGCACGCUCGCGAGCUUAUCAACCUCAUCGCGCGCUACCCCGAGAUCCUCGCCGGUGCCCUGCAGUCGCUCGAGCCCUGCAACAUUGUGCAGUACAUCUUGAAGCUCACCCAUGCCACUUCGGCCGCCCUGGAGAACAUGCGCGUGGUUGGCCAGCCCGACGACAUUGCCGAGGCCCGUCUGCUGAUGUACCACAGCGUCCGCAUUAUCAUCGGCAACGCCCUCACCCUUAUUGGUCUGACUCCCAUCGAGCGCAUGUAAUGUGGAAGACUCAAACACUAAUAUAUAUUUUAUAUUUGCGUUCCUCUUAAUAAAAAUCGAUGCAGUCUACGCAUAGUAGCACCAGCAGUAA